CAUGGAACACUUGCUUUAACUGUAAGUACUAUAGUACAUUGUCUCCUAGAUUCUCGUGGGCUCCAGUAUGGGUGGCUGGCUGAUGCUUUUAGCUGCUAUUGCUCGUCCAGAGAAGACCAAAGCAUUGGUGGGCAUUUCCACAGCAGCAGAUCAUUUCGUUACAGCCUUCACUUCACUUCACUUCCUAUAGAGGUGAGAAAAGAGUGUGAGGACAAGGGUGUAUGGACAAUCCCCACGAAAAGUAAUGAGGAGGGCAUGUACACUUUGAGUAUGGACUUCCUGCGUGAGGCAGAGAACCACUGCAUCCUACAGAGCCCCAUCCCUAUCACCUGCCCCGUACGUCUCAUUCACGGCCUGAAAGACAAGGACGUGCCUUGGCACAUCUCCAUGCAAGUGGCCAAGCGUGUGCUGAGCCCCGACGUGGACAUCAUUCUGGCUGAAAAAGAUGACAUCAAGCUCAAUGUCUACACCAUCAAUGACCUCAUAGACAAGCUUACCACCAUGGUGUGAAAAGCGUUUGGGAUGGGGCUACUGAGCGAACUCUGGGAGGACAAAAUAGUUUCUUUUUCAUGUCUUCUACAUGUUUACCGCAAUACUGUGCCAUUAAAUCUUUAAAGUAAAGCUGCUGAUUGUCUAGAAUAAGAUUUAUCUAGAUCUUCUGUGCCUUUUUUUACCUUAUUUCACACUGUUUUAUAGAAAUAAAGCCUCUGUAUACCAA